CAUCACUAAUUGAUCACCUGAAUAAAAUCUCUGUUCAUCGUUAGUCUUCACCUCUUCGUCCACAUUUAACUUCCGGCCUCCCGCGUAUCUCUUCAACCUGUUGCAAUAAUGGAAAUUCAGGAGGAAACUGAAGAAGAUCAUCAUCAUGUAGUUGAAGAGACAAUCGAAGUCAGUCCCGAAUUGGCCGGUGUAGUGGAAGCGGCGCCGGCGAUACAGAUCAACCAAGGAGAACAACCACAACCGGAAAUCGUUGCAGACGUGCCGCCGUCGCACUCCCACCCACGUUCCAAUGCUCCUCCUAGCGAAGCCUCGCCUCCCUUCUUCGUCGUCAUCCAUCGACCACCAACAGGUAAAACUAUAUCCAUUAAGAUUAUAUAUAUAUGACACUAGCGUGGGCCCCGGCCAUUUGGCCGGAGGAAGGUAAGGUAUGAAAUUUGAUAAUGUAAUGAGGUAUAUAAUUUAUUGUUGUAUUUUUUUUUGGGAAAUACGUGAUAAAAUAGUGAAUUUUAGUAGGAAAGCGACAUGAAUUAUGUAACGAAUCAAAAAUUAGUCUUAUG